AUCUCAUUUCUCAAAUCUAAGAUCUAACCUAAAACCUAAAAUUGGUUUACUAUUUUUUCAACUAUGUAAAUUAGUUAUUUUUUGAUCUGUUCAGUCUUUACUAACUUCAACCUUUAGCAACAUAUUUCAAUGACAGCUUCAAGUGCAAUAUAAGUGUUUACUCAUGAUUGCAGAUACCGGCUUUUAAUGAUAGUAGAGUUACUGAUACAUAGAUCAUAAACUGAUACAUGAUGAAGAGUAAUAUAAUCUCGUUUCUUUACUUUAGAAGAUUAAGCUUAGUUUUACGUUCAUCUAAACUUGAAAAUGUGAGAAGUUAUAACCAUUGGUGCUCGUCUUCCAAGUUUUAUCCCAGUUACAAAUGCAGUUAUUCUUCGGUAGCAGAAAAAUCAGACAAACCUCAUUGCAAUAUCGGAACUAUUGGUCACGUAGAUCAUGGCAAAACAACCCUUACUGCAGCAAUCACGAAAUGUUUGAGUAAGUAUGGUACAAAGUUUGUUUCAUAUGAUGAGAUCGAUAGAGGUACGGAGGAAAAGGCAAGGGGAAUCACAAUAAAUGCCACUCACGUUGAGUAUCAAACAAUCAAAAGACACUAUGCUCAUACCGAUUGUCCUGGCCAUGCAGAUUAUGUAAAAAACAUGAUAUCAGGUACAGCUCAGAUGGAUGGUGCAAUUCUUGUUGUAGCUGCUACUGAUGGGCAAAUGCCUCAAACCCGUGAACAUUUAUUACUCGCUAAACAGAUAGGACUUGAAAAAAUUGUGGUUUUUAUAAAUAAAGCUGAUAUAGUGGAUCAGGAUGUUAUUGAAUUAGUAGAACUUGAAAUGCGUGAAAUGUUGACAGAUUUUGGUUUUGAUGGAGCUAAUUUACCUGUAGUGAGUGGAUCUGCUUUAAAAGCGUUGAAUGGAGAAUCGCCUGAAGUUGGCGAAGAAUCGAUAAUGAAGCUGAUGGAUGCCGUCGAUAAUUACAUAGAAACUCCAGUUAGGGAUAUCAAGUCGCCAUUUUUUAUGCCUGUAAACACUAGUGUGAGUAUAGGUGGUAGAGGCACAGUAGUCAUAGGUACAAUUAAGCAAGGUACUGUAAAGAAGAACGAUGCCGUGGAUGUGUUGGGAUUUGAUAAAACUCUCAAGACAACCAUAUCAGAUAUUCACAUAUUUAAAAAAUCAGUUCCUUCUGCUCUUGCUGGAGAUAAUGUGGGACUAUUGUUGCGCAAUAUCAAAUCAAAUGCAGUUGAAAAAGGUAUGACCAUCUGUGCAAAGGAUAGCAUAAAAAUGAGUAAUCAUUAUGAGGCUCAGAUUUAUUUUCUAGACAAAAGUGAAGGAGGAAGGACGAAACCAAUAACUUCCAAGUUUACACCUAUUAUAUUCUACGAUAUCUGGAGCUGUACUUGUAGAAUUCACCUUCCCUCCAAUGUGACAAUGGCGAUGCCUGGCGAACAUUGCUCGGUCAGAUUAACAUUGAUGGAGAGAAUGGUGAUGAGGGAGAAAGUUAGUUUUUCACUAAGAGAACACAAGAAAACAAUUGCCACAGGUGUAAUAACAAAAGUGUGUGAUUCAGUGAUUUUUCCUGUUAGAGGUUUACAUAAGGUAGAAUUGUCAGAUUGGUAGAACUUUAUAAUAUUAACAAUCUUGACUUGUAAGGCAUUUGUGCCCAACGCAUUGUAUUGUCAGUGUUAAUAGAUCGAAUAAUGAGUUGUUUGUGAUUUAAUCAUUUAAUUGGAUUAUUGAAAAAUAUGUUAAUUAAAAACUUAACCAAUUA